AAAGAUAUUAUUUAAAAAGAUGGAUCAAUAUGAUUAUGGAGAUUAGGAUGACUAUGAAGAUUAUGAUUAUUAAGAUGAGGAAUUUUCAAACUACCAAGGAUCGAAUUUAAAAAUAUUAAUGGUAAUUUAUAUGACAAUUUAAAGGUGGCUGAAAAAAAUUCAAUUGCUGAGGCUGUUGCAUAUGCGAUUGGAAACAAAGUGAGAGCAAAAAAGGGCAGAUAAGCAUUCUAUUAUUUCUCAGGGAUGUUUAAAGGACAGUAGGCAAAUUUUACAGUGACUGCUACAAAUGGGCAUCUAUUUUCAAGAGAUUUUCCAAAAGAAUAUGAAAAUUGGGUAAUUAUGAUUAUUGAGCUAAGAAUUCAUGUGAUCCAAUAGAUCUCUUUUAAGCAAAAACAAUAAAGAAGCCAGCAAAUAAGGCAGCUAUAGGGUUAUUGAGGAAGUGUUCAUCAGGGAUAGAUUAUUUAAUAUUGUGGUUGGAUAAUGAUAGAGAGGGAGAGAAUAUUUGUUUUGAGGUUGAUGAAGUGUGUAAUUCAUAAGGAAGAGCAAAGUAAUUGAUUUUAGCUAUUUAAUUAGAAAAUUGAGAGCAAAGUUUUCAUCAAUAACGCAAACAGAUUUGAAAUAUGCGUACAAUUAGUUGAAUACAGGUCCAAACAUCUUAGAAUCUGAAUCAGUAGAUGCAAGAUAGAUUAUUGAUUUAAAAGUUGGAGUAGCAUUCUCUAGAUUUUAAACUCUUCACUUUUAAAAAAAGUAUUCAAUGGAUUAGAUGGUAACCUUUGGACCCUGUUAAACACCUACAUUAGGAUUUUGUGUAGAGAGACACGAAGAAAUAGUGAAUUUUGUACCUAAAGCCUUUUAUACAAUCAAAUUGAGUAUAGUGAAUAAUGUGGGUUACAAAUAAGAAGUGGAAUGGCUGGUAUUAAAAAUAUUAAAGAAUAGGGACAAUAAAUUUGGAAGGAACAAGAGGCUAAGUAAGUUGUGUAAUAGCUGCAAAAAUUUAAGUAAGGAGAUGUCAUUAGUCAACAAAUCGAACAGAAAUCAAAGCCCAGACCUGAGGGUAUCAACACAGUCUCACUCUUGAAAUUUGCCUCGUCUUAUUUAGGGUUAGGACCUCAAUAAGCUAUGCAUGUUGCUGAAAGAUUAUAUUUAAAUGGUUAUAUCAGUUAUCCAAGAACAGAAACAACUGCAUAUCCUCACGAAUUUCCAACUCCAAAAAUAAUCAAUAAUUUAUAGAAAUACAAGGAUCCACUUAUUAGUGAACAUAGUAAAUACUUGAAAACCAAUGGUCAUUCAAAUCCUAAAUAAGGAGUUGAUGUAGGAGAUCAUCCUCCUAUCACUCCAACUGAAAAUGUACCAUAAAAUAAUCUUUAUGGGGAAGAAAAGACCAUGUAUGAAUAUGUGGUUAAGAUGUUUUUGGCUGCUCAUUCAAAAGAUUGCAAAUAUGAAAAUCAUACACUCAAAUUUGCUGUCAGCGAUCAUCAAUUUAAAUUCUAAUCCAAAUAUAUUUUGGAUCCAGGAUUCACAAAAGUAGCCACUUGGUUGGCAAUCACUGAGAACAAGAGUGAUUUAACUAAAUUUGUUACCAAUAACAAGGUGCAACUUGGAUUUGUUGAAUAUUAAUAAGGAUAAACUAGUCCCCCUGACCAUUUAACAGAAACUGAACUAAUUACUUUGAUGGACAAAUUCAAAAUCGGAACUGAUGCUUCUAUGGCAACACAUAUCAAUAACAUUUGCGAAAGACAAUAUGUUAAGGUUGAAGGAUAAUCUAGAAAAUUAAAGCCAACUGAUCUGGGAUUAUCCUUAGUAAGAGGAUAUAAAAGAAUUGAUCCAGAUCUUGUCGCACCUUAAUUGAGAUCCAGCAUUGAAUCUUAAGUUGAUCAAAUUGCCAAAGGAAAACUUAAAUGUCAAUAAGUCAUAUAAGAUGUCAUACAGAUUUUUACUAAAAAGUACAUUCAUUUCAGAGAGAGAAUCAAUGACUUUUAACUAGUUUAAUACCAUCAAUAAGGAAUCAAUAGACAAAUUAAAUAAUCAGAUGAAGAAAUCAUCUUAAGUAGAUGCGGAGAUUGCAACAGAUAUUUAGUUUAAUCAAACAAUUCGGCUGUCUGUAAAUAGUGUAUCAAAACUUACCCCUUAUUGCCAGACUGUAAAUUUAAAGCAUAUGGAGCCUAUAGGUGUCCAUUUGAUAAAGUAAUAUCAAUUUAUAAAUACUUUUUAGUUUGAAUUAAUAUUUUGCACAAGUAAUAAGUCUCCUUUUAAUACAACUCUUCUUUGUCCCAAAUGUUUCAGUUCAUCACCAUUAGUAACUUCUGAUUAAUGCACUUGUAAUAUAUGUCCAAAUGUUGAUUGUGAAAAAUCUAAGGAAUUUAGGACGGUUGGUUAAUGCAAGAGUUGCAAAAUUGGUGAACUCAUUUUAGAACCAUUUAUCAGCAAAGGAUAACAAAUUUGUUUAUCUUGCAAUGAAUGUUGGUGUCUCUAUUAACUUGUUCCUGCAGUUGUUUAGGUAGACAUUACAAAAAUUGCUUGCACAGAAUGCAAAGUAAUAUUUUAAAUAUAUUUAAGUUAAAAACAUUCAAUUUAAUAACAAAAACUAAAGAUAAAGAAGAAGUCAAGUAUAACAAUGUUUGUUUGAUGUGUCAUGAAGAAUUAAAUAAAAAAUUGUUAUAUGCACCAUAUUUAGGAGAAAAGAAAUUUAUGAUAUAGCAAAAAAAACAAGAAUAACCAAUUAAAUAAGAUGAUGUCAAUAAGGAAACCUUUUCCAAAGGACGCAAAAAAUUCUCUAAAAAUCCAAGAAAAAAUGACAGGCAUGAUGACGAUCAAUUUACUCAAAAAAAAAAUGAUAAUUCCGACUGGGCUACUUUAUUACUUUCAUAAUCUGUGACAAAUAAUAAACAAAAGCCAUAAAAUAAACAGCAAUAAGAGGAUCCUCAAUAACAGCAAUAGCAAUAAUAAUAAAUAAAUGAACCAGGAUUAGUUUUACUAGAAUCGAAAAAAAAGAGAAAUAAUUGA